GCUUUACCACCCGUAUCUUUCUGUGUAUAAAGGUACCGACUAAGGUUUGAUGACGGUUGUUGUAAUGUCUCGCUUGACCGGUAGGGCGGCGCUGUGAUUCGUCUGCCUGACAAUAAUAUGGCUAUAUAUUGUUUUUGGCGGUAAAUUGCAGUAAACUGUCAAUAAAGAUCGCCGAAAAAAAUUUUGUUAGCAGAGUUAAUUUAAAAUUAGCUUUUUAAAAUUUUAUUAUUGAGUACUAUAAAGCCAAAGUGAUUAUAUUAUGGCAUUAUCGGCAGGAUAUAAAGGACACAGAUGUGUUGUUCCGAACUGUAAUUCUGGAUACGAUUCCUGCAAAGAAAAAGUUCAUCUUUUUUCAGUUCCAAAGGAGGAAGAACUUCGAAAAAAAUGGGAGAAUGCUAUCCCUCGGGCAAAUUUUAUUUUAAAAAGUGGAUUAGUGGUGUGCCACAAACAUUUUUUACCCGAGGAAAUAAUCACGAAACGUGAGGUUAAGGACCCCCAGGGAAAUGUUAUGGCAUCGGAGACUUUAAAAAAGCCUUAUCCAGUUAAAGGAAGCGUACCAAGCCAAUUCCCCAAUUGUCCGGCAUAUUUAUCUAAACCAAUGAGGAAAAGAAAAAAACCUAAAGACAGGUCUGCUUUAGACGGAAACUUUAAGAAGAAACGAAAGAAUAACAAGGAGGACCAUGUCAGCGAUUUAAUUAACGAAAAUUGUGAUAAUGCCGUUGAGAUAAAUUAUUUAAAUAGCCAACCUUCGGAAAAAACAUCUGAGAACACUGAUAUAAUUCAUGAUACAGGAUUACCGGAAAAUGUCGAAACUUUUCAAAAUGAUACCAACCAUAGUGCAGAGGAUUUGAACUCACCUUUGAAUGAUGAUUCAUCAGAAUUUAAUUUAACAUUAAUAGAGCGACAGAGGGUCUUUGAUGAAAUAUUUAACAAUAAAAACAGUAUUGACAUUACAGGCGGGUGGAAUCGUCGACAAGUUGAGGAAAACUUUAAGUGCAUCGAAAUUACAAAAUGCAUUUCUCGAAAAGUGCAAAAUACAAUUAAAUUUGUUAGUUCGAAAAAAAUAAUAUUACUCCCUGACUUGGAAAUUCAAAUUGAAAUUUCCGGAAUACCUGUUUCUAUAGAUAAAGUUGGUCUAGAAAAUAACAUUUCUAGUGUAAAAGAUAUUGAAAAUGUAAUGAUAACAUUAGACAAUAUCAAAACUUGUACGGGUUGUGCAGAAUCAAAUGCAACUAGAAAUGUGGAGACGUCUGUUGCAAUGCGAGAUUGUAAUGGAGUUUUACGCCAUUUUAAGUGCCCUGUGGUCAUCACUGAGAGCAAUAAAAUAUCACGUUGUAAAUUCUGUGCAAGCACUAGAAAAGUUCUCUCGAAUAAAUAUAUGAGAUUGAAAAAACAUAAACAAAUGAAGCAAUUAAACCUGAAAUUGUCAAAUCCUGCAGAACAGAAAAAACUUAUGACAAUGAGAACAUUGUAUUACAAAGCUCAACGAAAAAAAAAAUUUUAUCAGGACAAAUAUCGUGAUUGUGUUUCAGAAUUAAGUAAAUGUCAAAAAGAAAUGUCGUCAUACACAGAUGAAAAAAUAGAAGAAAAAUUAUUAAAUCAUAAUAUAAGUAUUAAUGAAAGACUCGUCAUAAAGGAAAUUUUAAAAAGUUCAAAACAUGAUAACAAAAAGGGUAAUCGAUAUUCACAAGAGUGGAUUUUGCAGUGUCUAUUAUUCCACAUGCGAUCCCCGGCUGCGUAUAGGAUGUUGAGAGACGCUAAACUAUUACCUCUUCCUUGUACGAGUACUAUUAGGAAAUAUUUAUCUUUGGUUGAUACACCGUGUGGAUUUGAUUCCAACUAUUUGGAAUUAUUUUCGGAGCACUUGGCAAAACUACCUGAAUUACUACGACAUGGCAUCUUACUUUUGGAUGAAAUAUCGACAAGGAAGAAUGUUCGAUUAAAUACCAAGACGAUGGAAUUUUCAGGGUUGACUGACUUUGGUGACAAUAAUUCAACGACCACUGUAAACGAGCAGGCCGACCAUGGCCUUGUUUUGAUGUACCACCCCUUAAUGGAGUCGUUUGCCCAGCCAAUUGCAGUAUGCACUUCAAAAGGCCCAGUAUCUGGAGAGAAUUUAUCAAAAUUAAUUAUCCAAGCCAUUGUUGUUUUGGAAAAAGCAGGAGCUCAGAUACACGGAGUUGUCACCGAUAGUGCUACUACAAAUCGCAAAUUUUGGACAAUGGUGGGUGUUAGUGGAGAGCUUGACGGGGUUCAGAGCUGGUUUCCUCAUCCGACUGUUGAGAGCCGCAAAGUUUUCGUCUUUGCAGAUACACCACACCUUUUCAAAAAUAUACGAAAUUGCUUAUAUAAUAGGAAAAAAUUACAGGUUUCAUCUAAGGAUAAACCAAUUCUUUGGAAACACAUAGAACUUUUAUACGAGUGUGAUAGCAAAAAUAUGAAUGCAAGACUAUGUCCCAAAUUAACACAGCAACACAUAAAACCGGAUUUUAUGUUAAAGAUGCGUGUAAAUUUGGCUGUACAGGUGCUAAGCAGAUCAGUAGGAACAGCUCUUCUGAAAAUGAAAAAUUAUUUUCCUGAUUUAUUUGAUGGUUGUGAAGCUACAGCCGAAUUUUGUUUGAGGAUGAACAAUUUAUUUGAUAAUUUAAAUGAAAUUACACCUGAAAAAGGACUUCGACCAGGAUCUGCAAAUUACAAUGAACUUCGUAAAUUUUUAGAGUGGCUUGACAGUUGGGAACGAAGAGUUUUAAGCUCAGAAAUUCUAGAAAGUGACUUUUUACCAAAACCUACAGCCACUGGAUUGAGAGUUACUAUUAAUUCGACAAUCGAAUUGUCAGAAAUAUUACUUGACAAAUGUAAAUUUAAUUAUGUAUUGACUGGAUACAUUAAUCAAGACCCUUUAGAGUGUUCCUGUCCACUCUCACAUUAACAACGAUAACAACUUUUCUUCGAUAAGCAGAUCCUACUCAUCAAUUUUAGAGACAAGGCCUAUUCAACGUGUCAUUGCGAAAGCAGAAAAAAUCAACAUAAAAUAUUCUUUUCCUCUAUAGGUGCAAAUGGAUGAAUUCUAUGCAGUUUUUUUAAAAAGGAGCAGAAAUUUAUUACAUGUUAAUACUGUGUGUGUCCUGCAUGCAAAUAAUUGUGUUUACUGUCGAGAAAUAUUAGUUAAUUAUUUUUUUAUGUUUUGAAUCUACAUAAAAAUAUAAAAUUUGUCAUUUAUAUUUUUUUAUAUUUAUCAAACUGUAAUCAAUACGAAAUUCAAGGUUGCCACAAAUCAUAGAAUUCAGGGGAAAAUGAAGGAAAGUAAAAUUGGUUAAAGAGAUCAGGGUAAAGUCAGGAAAUAUUAUCAA